CUGCACCGGUGUGGUAUGUAGUUUAAACAGUGGUGGGCUAUUGCAUUUGCAAGAUAUUAUUAUUUUAAAAUACUCUUUAUUCAAUACAGAGGUUAUUCCCUGUACCGCUGGACACCUUUUUGAUAGCAUCACUGUAUUUCUUUAAACAGAUCAUGGACACCCCUUCAGCAACUGGAGUUCUUCAUCCCUACUGGCCACGGGACCUUUUGAUACCCACCUAUGUUGCCAAUGACCGAUCUAUGUCAGAGAUCCUGGUGUUUCUGUUUUCUGUGUCUGGGGUGUUUUUGCUUGUGACCUGGCUGAUCACCGGCCAGAAAGGGGCCACCGGCAGACUGGGGCCAUGGAGGCGUCUGGCUGUAUGCUGGUUUGCUGUCUGUGGUUUCAUCCAUGGCGUCAUUGAGGGCUGGUUCUCACUGUAUUAUGAUAUUAUUCCAGGAGACCAGAGCUUCCUGUCACAGCUGUGGAAAGAGUACUCCAAAGGAGACAGUCGAUAUGUAAUAGCUGAUAACUUUACUGUGUGUAUGGAGACCGUGACUGCUUGUUUAUGGGGACCAUUCAGCUUUUGGGCUGUGUUUGCUUUCUUAACUAACAAGCCCUACAGAUUUGUUUUGCAGCUCAUCAUUUCAUUAGGUCAGCUGUAUGGCGCAGUGCUUUACUUCUUCACCGAGCACAGAGAUGGCUAUGCCCACAGUGAGUUAGGACAUCCAAUCUAUUUCUGGUUCUACUUUGUGUUCAUGAAUGUGCUGUGGAUUGUUAUACCACUGGUGCUCAUUGUGGACGCGUGGAGACAGAUGUCAGCUGCCCAGACACACACAGACAAAAUGAAGUCACACAAGUCCAAGAGGAACUGAGCAGCAAUAGGCAGAACCGACUGUUGGACUGUAGGACAGUGACUACAGGAUAUACAAAGUGAAACAACUAGGGAGAGCAUGCACUUUGUAUUGAUGAAAACCAUGAUGAGACAAAAGACAAUUUUACUUUUGAGGACUUUUGUGUUUGACCCAGCUGAUCUAAGGUUUGUCAUUCUGUACCUGUUGCAUUGCAUUUUAAAUUUGAAUGAUAACUGCCAGCACACUAAGAAUUACAUUUUAAAGUGCUACUUGUUCCCUGUGCAUAUGAUAAUAAAGCUUUGACUUUCGUU